CUCACAUGAAAAACACUCACAACAACAUAAAUCAUCACAGAGACAAGAAACAAACAAGCAAUUCAUACACAGUAGCCAUCACAUUUCAGUACUCUCAAAUUCUUAAAAUCUCUCUUCACCGUCAUGAAUCCAUCUCCAUCAAAGAGCAAGAGAAAGCAAGCCCAGCAACAAUCACAGCAGCAAGAAGGCAGUAAUGGUGGAAGGUUUCUUGGUGUCCGAAGAAGACCGUGGGGACGAUAUGCAGCAGAAAUAAGAGAUCCUUCAACUAAAGAAAGGCAUUGGUUAGGCACAUUCGAUACAGCGGAAGAAGCAGCCUUGGCUUACGACAGAGCUGCCCGUUCCAUGCGUGGUCCUCGUGCUCGCACCAACUUUGUGUACUCUGAUAUGCCUGCUGGUUCUUCUGUUACCUCCAUUAUCUCCCCUGAUGACCAGCAACAGCAAAUGCUGUCGUUGCAACAGCAACAGCAACAGCAGGAACAGCAACAAUCAAUCUUUGUCCUUCCUCAGUCUCAUGAUCAGCCCGACUCAACGCCGCUCUUUUUCAAUGAUUUUAGCUCACAAUGUCAUUACUCAGAGGAGUUUUCUUCUUCAAUGGCUAAUGUAGCAGAUAGUACAUGGGGUUACUCUACUACUUAUCAGCAUCAUCAUCAAGACCAAGAACGACCAAUUAUUACUAACAAUGAGCUUCCUCCAUUUCCAUCUGAUAUAUCCAGCUUAUCAAGCUCAGCUCAAUCAAGCUUUCAGUAUAAUGGUUCAGGUUAUGAUCAAACGAGUCAAGAUUUCUUGGGAUUUGAAGACGCAAUGACAAAUGGGUUUGAUUUCGGCCGGUUUGACUCAGGUGAGUAUGUCCACAGUCCAAUGUUUAGUAGGAUGCCACCGGUGUCAGACACAGUGCCGGAUGGUUUGGAUUUGGGUUCGUCCGGUUACUUCUUCUAAUCAAGUUUACUAUAUUUCAUGUGGUUUUUUCUCUUUGAAUUUAUUUAUGAAUGGUUUGCGCCGGUGGUGGUGAGAGAGUGAUCAGAACAAAGGUUUAUGGGGUUGUUUAUAAGUAUAUAUUAAAAAAAGAAAAGUAAUGAAGAUGGUAUUAUUAUAUCUAUAUGAUUUCGUCUUCCAUUUUGUAAAACAGGAGAGGAUUAGUGAAAAGAGCCUUCCCUAUGUGAAUGGCAUUGUUUUCCUAGCUUAUUUUAUUUACAGACUUCUUUUUGUUAAAAUAUUAGCCAAUCUCUGCUAUUUCUUCAGUAUGUUCCUGAAAAUGAGUUGGGCUUUAGCUGAACCAAUUAUACCUUUAAAUCCAACAAGAAAUUAUUAUCAUAUCCAAUCAAAACCCAGACCAUUUGUAUAUGAGUGCUCAAGGACUUGGCUAAUGGCGACAGAAAAUUUAAAUUAAAAAGAAACAAAAAAAAAAAGAUCUAUCAUCUAUGAUAGCUUAAGAUAAAUUGAUUUGCUCACUGGGUGAAGUAAGCAUCAGAGUCAAAGUCACCCAAUGUAAGAAUUUCCC